AUUAGGGGGUGAAAGGGCAUUUCAAUUCACCCCCUUGCAAACCCUCCAUUGACUCUCUAGUGGUAGUGAUCUAAAAAAUCUCUCUCCCAAAAUCUCCACUGCUUCCCCGCCGGUACUCCGCCGUCCUCCGUUCUUCUCCGGUGACCAGUCGAUGAUACUGAUGUUCAGUUAACAACUUCUGUUUCUUUACCCAACUGCAAGAUCAAGGUAUGCAUGUCGAAGUUGUGCGAAUGUAGUGUAAUAAGGAAUCAAUUUCUUCCUUCUUUCGUUACAAGGAUCAGCUGUUAAAAUGUGAUCAUGAUACACCUGUAAAAAGUUCAGUAAGGGUGACUAAGUAAGAAAUUAGUUAUAUCUCAUUUCUUUUUGAACAGUCAUUUUAGGCUGUGAACAUUUAGUAUUGUUUAAUGGAUAGAAAUGUUGGAAAAGGCAUGAUGGGACAGCAGAACUAUGAACAAGGCCGCUAUAACUCCGUGGAGACUAGAAAUGAGGUCAUUGGUUCUACAAAUCAGAGAUUCUUCCAGGAUCCAUCCAGUUCUAUUAAUACUAACAUAAGACCACCUGAUUUCACUGUACCUGUUGGAGCUAGGCCUGUAAAUUAUUCUAUUCAGACUGGUGAGGAGUUUUCUUUGGAAUUCAUGCGGGAAAGGGUUAACCCUAAGCAGCAUCUCGUUCCGCAUGCUUCUGGUGGGACGACUACUGGUGCAACUACUUAUAUGGAGCUGAAGGACAUACUUGGAAUAUCUCAUACAGGUUCUGAAAGCGGAUCAGAUAUCUCCAUGAUUGCCUCAAUGGAAAAAGGUCGAGAUCAAAAUCAUGAGAGAUCUAGGACUUCUGUAAAUGAUGAGAAAUCCUACCACCAAGUUGCACAAUCUGUGGCCAGAACCUCAUCAAGAAAUAACAACAUCCGUGGGUAUCAAAGUCAUGCGUCUUCUAGAUCUAGCACAUCAGGAAAGUUGAGGUUUCUCUGCAGUUUUGGCGGUAGAAUUAUGCCUCGCCCAAGUGAUAGAAAACUUAGAUAUGUUGGAGGUGAUACACAUCUUAUUCGAGUCAGUAAGGAUAUUUCUUAUGACGAACUUAUGCAGAAGAUGUUGACAACAUAUAGUCAUGUGCAUACAGUAAAAUAUCAGCUUCCUGGUGAGGAUCUUGAUGCAUUGGUGUCAGUUUCUUGUGAUGAGGAUGUGCAGAAUAUGAUAGAGGAAUGUCAUGUUCAAGAAGGUGAUGGAUCACACAAACUGCGAAUUUUUCUCUUCUCUAACAGUGACUUGGAUGAUGCUCAAGCUGGUGUUGAGAAUGUUGAAGGAGAUCCAGAGAUGCAGUAUGUUGUUGCUGUCAAUGGCAUGGACUUCGGGUCUAGAAGAAACUCAAUUGCUCUGGCAAGUGCUUCGGGAAAUAAUCUUGAUGAGUUUCUUAGUUUAACAAUUGGUCGGGAGAAUGGUCGAGUUGCUGCUGAUGCUUCUCAUCCAGUGGCUGGUGUGCCUCUAACUGGUCAAUCUGCUCAUGUGAUGGUGUCAAGUUCAUUACAUGCCUUUGACUCCAACCAACAAGGGUACCAUGGUCAAACUAUUCAUCAUGGUGGUGCUGAAUGGAGACCUUUACCCCCUUCCAUGCCUGUUGACAACUUCCAAAAUUUAGAUGCUAAAAGCACUGGUUUACCGCAGUAUGGGCAUGAUCCUCAUCCACCUAGCUCCUCACAACUCACAGAUAACUUUGUUGUUAGUUCUAGCCACAGUUACCUGAAUGGGGAAGGAGGUUCAACUCAUGAACAGCCAUAUAGAAGUUCACAUAUGAAUGGCCAAGAAGCACCAGCUGAGGUGGUAAAAAUGAAAAGAGAUGCCUCUUUCCCGAAGAAAGUUGAACUUGCUAAAGAUCAAUCUCUGGAAAAAGAAGUGCUUAAGGAGGCAAAGAUGAAAAGAGAAAACUCUGCACAGAAAUUGACUGAGCCUGAGAAAAUGCGGUCCGUGGAAACUGAAAAAGUUGUUUCCUCGAAUUCACUUGUCAGUUCUUCUCCAAGUCAUGUUUCCCGAGUUGAAGCAUCAAAUUCUGCUGCUAUGGCAGUUCCUGGAAAUUCUGUCAUGCCAUCUAAAAUUAAUGAGAAGAGUCAGGAACAAGUGCAAGGCCCAGUGUCUCUUGGAGCCGUUCAAGAAGAAAAACCCGAUGGAUAUAGUGAAGAUAGCCACUUUUCUGCAUCUGGUAGAACUUUGAACGCAGGCUAUGGUGACUCUGAAGCAUACCCAUAUGACCUUAGUUACGAGCCACCUUCAAUGCCUCCACGAGUUUUUUGUUCUGAACGUUUGCCCAGGGAACAGGCUGGCCUAAAUCGCUUGUCCAAAUCUGAUGAUUCCUCUGCUGCACAGUUCAUAAUGACCCAUGCACACUCUGAAGGCAGCCAGCAGAUCCUGGAAUCAGUUGAUAAAUUACAUGAUGGAAAUGUGAUUCCUCAUAUUGGGAGAUUUAUACAGUCCGAUAAGAAUCUGUCUGCUAAUCAACUUGUUUCCGAAGAGAAAAAGGUUGAACAUCAGCAGUCUGUAGAGUUAGGUGACAAUGCCAAUGGAGUUAAUUCAAAAGUCGGUCAAGAUGUUUCUGAAGCAAAUUUUGUGAAGCCCGAACUGAAAGCAGCAACUUAUGCCGAUAAAGUGAAAUCUGGACCUAGUAAUCCUAUCGCUAGCAAUAAUGUUCAUGACAUUUCUGCUUCCAAGCCAACAGAGCUUCAUUGGGGUGAUGCAACUGCAAUUAGACCAGAGGAAAAUAAAGCUACGGGGCAAACACAGCCUCUUGCUGAGAGAGAGCCUCAUCUUGCAGCAGUGACCACAGGGAAGCCAUCUGCUACCAGUGACUCUCCUGAGCAUGGUGACAUUCUUAUUGACAUUAAUGACCACUAUCCCCGAGAAUUCCUCUCUGAUAUUUUUUCCAAAGCUAAAAUAAUGGGUGAUUCAUCAGUGCCAGCUCCACUGCGUGCUGAUGGAACUGGUUUGAGUUUAAAUAUGGAGAACCAUGAACCAAAGCGAUGGUCUUUUUUUCAAAAGUUUGUCCGGGAUGAUUUCGUAAGAAAAGACGUGUCUCUGAUAGACCAAGAUCAUCUUAGUCUCUCUUCUUCUCGUGCAAAUGUUGAUGAUGGAGCAUCCAUGGAUUAUGGUUAUCCUCCUUUUAAGGGUGAUGGAGCUAUGAUAGACCAUAUGGACUCCCGAAUGAAUAUUGAAGGUGAUAUUCAACAUCCAUCACGCGAUGAUGUUGGACCAUCCACCAUGAAUGUGUCUUCAGAGUACAAUCCUACUCAAACCACUGGCAUCCAAAGCAUGCAGUAUGACGGUGCAAUGCAUUCAAAAAUACCCGAAUCCGAUUAUCAGGAUGAGAACCAAGAAGUUCAGGAUACUGGUUUUCCACUCAUCGAUCUCUCUAUGGGACGUUUUGAUCCAAAUUCAUUGCAGAUUAUCAAGAAUGAAGAUCUCGAGGAGUUGAGGGAAUUGGGUUCUGGAACAUUUGGAACUGUUUACCAUGGAAAAUGGAGAGGAACUGAUGUUGCCAUAAAGAGAAUAAAGAAAAGCUGUUUCACAGGUCGCUCAUCAGAGCAGGAGAGAUUGACUCUAGAGUUUUGGCGUGAAGCUGAAAUUCUUUCAAAGCUUCAUCAUCCAAAUGUGGUGGCAUUUUAUGGUGUAGUGCAAGAUGGGCCAGGGGGAACUCUUGCCACAUUAACAGAAUUCAUGGUGAAUGGGUCUCUCAGACAUGUUUUACUUUGCAAGGACAGACACCUAGAUCGCCGCAAGAAGCUCAUAAUUGCAAUGGAUGCUGCAUUUGGAAUGGAAUAUCUGCAUUCAAAGAAUAUUGUGCAUUUUGAUUUGAAAUGUGACAAUUUGCUUGUCAACUUAAAAGAUCCUUCCCGACCCAUCUGUAAGGUUGGUGACUUUGGACUUUCAAAAAUAAAGAGAAAUACAUUGGUCACUGGUGGUGUUAGGGGAACCCUCCCAUGGAUGGCUCCAGAGCUAUUGAAUGGUAGCAGUAAUAAGGUUUCUGAGAAGGUUGAUGUUUUUUCCUUUGGGAUUGUGCUCUGGGAAAUUCUGACUGGCGAGGAACCCUAUGCUAAUAUGCAUUAUGGAGCAAUUAUAGGUGGUAUAGUCAACAACACCUUGAGACCACCUGUUCCAAGCUUCUGCGAUCCUGAGUGGAGAAUUCUUAUGGAACAGUGCUGGGCUCCAGACCCUUCUGUUCGGCCAUGCUUCACUGAAAUUGCCAGACGCUUACGUGCUAUGUCUGCGGCAUGCCCAACAAGACCACAAGGUCAUUCACCUCAAAACCAACAGUCCAAGUAAUGAUGUGGGCAAUUUUUCUGCAUUCCUGCCUCGAUAUUCUACAAGAAGGAUAAUGAAUAUAUCUGUAUCAUAUUUAGUGGGGGAGAAUUGCCUCCUUCAGGGUGUGAAAUAACAUUGUCGUAAAACUAAUGAUCGACAGAGUAUAUAUAUAUAUAUAUAUAUUAUUUCCGAGGAACAUGAAAAGAUCUUGAUAUAUUGCAACUUGUAAAGCAUCAUCAUUUGUAUUUAAAAAUGGAACUUUGGCCUUCGAAAGAGAUUGGUGUUGAUUCUUGA